UGAGGAACAAAGCACACAUAUUAGCAGAGAAGAAGAUGGUGUAAGACCUAUCAUGACUUUGGCUCUGACAGGAGCAGGAACUUUGUGGCCAGCUCGAGAUGCAGCCCUUCUCUGGGGUCUGUGAGGGUCACCACACCGCCAGUGCUGAGGGGAUGCUGGAGAGUCCACCUUCGUAUUGUCGCCUGUGCUCGUCAGCUGCCGCAGCCUCCCCUCAAGUGUCAAGCAGUCACUGCACUGCCUGCUGAGCCUGGCAUGCGGUGCCCCCUCGCACCAUGAGAUACAGCGGCUCUAAAGCCAAGGCGACUACUAAGGGUUCGCCUUCGGACUGCACAGCGCCGGACAGUUCCCGCUGCUCGGUCCUCACACAGCAGGAUUCGGCGGACAGCAGCACUGUGGGGAGCAAGAAGUGCCGCCUGAGGAACACACUGCCGCCCCAGCGCCUCAGCGCCCACAGGAAUAGCUGCAUAAGGAAGCUAAUGGACAAAGAUGAGAAGGAUAAGGCAAAGAGGGCUUCACGUAACAGAUCAGAGAAAAAGAGAAGGGACCAGUUCAAUGUGCUUAUCAAGGAACUUAGCGCCAUGCUGCCUGGAAACACCCGCAAGAUGGACAAAACCACUGUGCUGGAGAAAGUUAUUGGCUUCCUACAAAAGCAGAAUGAAGUUACAGCACAGACAAAGAUUGGUGAUAUUCAUCUAAACUGGAAGCCAUCUUUUCUCAGCAAUGAAGAGUUCACUCAGCUAAUGCUGGAGGCUCUGGAUGGCUUCAUUAUUGCACUUACUGCAGAUGGAAGUAUUAUCUAUGUUUCCGAUAGUGUUACACCACUGCUUGGGCAUUUACCAUCUGACAUCAUGGAUCAAAACUUGUUGAAUUUUCUACCAGAACAAGAACAUUCAGACAUCUAUAAAAUCCUGUCUUCACAUAUGCUUGUGACAGAUUCUGCAUCACUAAAUUAUUUGAAUUCUGACAGUGACUUGGAAUUCUGUUGUCAUCUUCUUAGAGGAACUUUAAACUCCGAAGAGUACCCAACCUAUGAAUAUAUUAGGUGUGUUGGACAUUUUCGGUCUUGCAGCAAUGUGCCAAUCCCUUCGUGUAAUGGCUAUGAAGGAGCUGUUUCAAGAACAUACAGAUCACAGCUCAACAAGCAGGUUUGCUUUAUUGCUACAGUCCGGCUUGCAACACCUCAGUUUUUAAAGGAAAUGUGUAUAGUCGAUGAGCCUUUUGAAGAAUUCACGUCAAGGCACAGUCUUGAAUGGAAGUUCCUAUCACUAGAUCACAGAGCUCCACCAAUCAUUGGAUAUUUACCUUUUGAAGUUCUUGGUACAUCUGGAUAUGACUACUAUCAUGUAGAUGACCUAGAAAUCAUAGCAAAGUGCCAUGAACACUUGAUGCAGUUUGGUAAGGGAAAGUCUUGCUGCUAUCGGUUUCUUACCAAAGGUCAACAAUGGAUCUGGCUUCAGACUCAUUACUACAUUACAUAUCAUCAGUGGAACUCCAAACCAGAGUUUAUUGUAUGCACACACACUGUUGUGAGUUAUGCAGAUGUGCGAGUGGAAAGAAGACAGAAGGUGAGCUUGGAUGACAACUCAUCAGAAGUCAUUGUCACAUCUGUACUAAAGGACAAGGACCUGAGUGCAGACAGUGACCAGCAUUACAAUGUGCUAGAAGGUAGUGCCUCACUUCUCCGUACCUGCCGCACUCCUUCAGUUUCUUCAAGAAGUUCAUGCAAAUCUUCCCAGACCCCAGCCUCAGAACCUGCAUCUACUCCCACAAUUCUGCCCACAGACGCCAGUCCACAGUCACUUCAGAGAGUCCCCAGUAGGCCGCCUGACCUAUCAUUGCAGUUAAUGAGUCAACCAAACCUAGCACAGGCUUCAGCACCAUUAAAGCAUUGUGACCUCCUCCAACAACAGUUUGUACCACAAAAUCAGCUACUCAGUGAAUUACCAUCUAUAACACAGUUUUCUGAACAGAUGUUCCAAACCGUCAGGGAUCAACUGGAACAACGGAGACAGGAUAUCCAAGCCAACAUCAGAUGGCAACAGAAGGAACUACAAAAGAUCUUGGAGACCCUGAAUAUGGUCCAGGAUUCCAGUCCACAGAUGUUUUACCAGCCUCAGAUUGUUUCACUGAGCUUUAGCAAUAUGCAACAAGCAGAGCCUCACCAGCAGCAAAUGCAUAAAAACUCUGGCAUGCAACAGGAGCAGCAACUGAUGUCCAGUGCAUUAGCUCAAGGACAGAUACCAUCCCAGACUGCAAACCAGCAUCUGUUAUCAUCAGAACCUAUGCUGCCAGAUACAAAUGUCCUGCCAAGCAAGAAAUCAAUGAGCACCAUGCAAGGCAUACCAAACAGGAGCCUCUCGACCAGCAGAAAUGCUUCUCAGCUCAGCAGUCCUACAGGUUUGAACACAGCAUCCCCUAGUGGUUCACAGCAGAACAGCAACCAAUGCCAGAGAGCCCCAGAUUUCACUCACGACAGACAAUUAAGACUAUUGCUCAGUCAACCUAUUCAGCCAAUGAUGCCAAGCCCCUGUAGCACAAGGCGGUACUCAGACGGUAGACAUCAGAUAAAAUAUUCACAAAACCCACAAAUAUUUAGGGAAACAGAGCUGCAGGACUCUGCCAACAAUGCUCCAAUUGUGCUAAUGGAUGAAGCCAUUUUACAUCCAGGAUUUACAUCAGUACAGUCCUCCCAACAGCAGAACACUCAGGCUAUGCAAGCUCAUCAGCAAUUUUCCCAGAUGCCGACAACAAGCACUUUACAGAAAGAACAGCCAGAUUCUUUGAUUUUGCCAACUUACUCCCAGCAUCAAGGGUCUAUGGGGUUACAGCAGCAGGUCUCAUCAAGAAGAACUAAUAGUCUAUCAGAGAUUUCAGGUGUUCAGUAA